AUGGUUUGUAGGAAACUAUUAGACAAAGGAAUCCAAAUACAUCCCCUAGGAAUAAUUCUCAUUAUAUUGGGAUGCGCUAUAGCCGUGACUGUUCAUAAUGCAGCUCUUAUGAAAGGUGCAGAAGGUGGAGAAGACGAGAAGAAGGGUGAAGAAGGAGACAAGAAAGAGGGAGACAAGGGCGAUAAGAAGGAAGGUGGCGAAGAAGGAAAAGAAGGUGAAGGAGCAGAAGGGGGUGAUGAAGAGGGCAAUGAAGAAGGAGGCGAGGAAGGAGGAGAGGCAGAAGAAGAAGCUGAAGGAUGA